GGAUGCCGGUGUAAUGAAAUAUCGCGGGCAAGUGUUUUGAAUUAAUUCGCGGUUCUUGCUUAUUGAAGUCUGAGGUCACUGAUGUUGCUUCAGCGCGUGAUUUAUCUAUCGCCAUGGGUACCUAAAAAAGUCGUGAGAACAAACAACGUCAAAAGUGUAUGGAGCAUGGCCUGAAACAGGACACCAGUCAUUCUACACGCUCCGCCUAACAGAACGAACCAGGCUUGCGUCUUGUCAGGUACAUCCGAAAUUGAAGGAAUGAAAGGAACAAAAAAUUUUACUACAAGAAUAAUGGGGAAGUCUAGUGCUUUUAUUGAAAAAUUCCGACCAAGUAGCAUACGAAAAUUGAAUUCAUUCAUUAUAUUUGCUUAAUUGGGGCCGAACAUCAACGGGGAAUGCAGAAAGUUAUUUUGCGGACGAAAAGGUCUGUUCAUCAACGUGAAGUACCAGGUCUUACAUUUACGUGCAAGAGUGGUCCAAGCAAUUGACGAACAAAAUUCCGAGGGUCAAAAGAACGCAUGGGGUAGGCCUAGAUUUUAAAUACAAAUAUUCAGUGGGGAAAACAUUUGCGCACGCGCGGUAAGACCGGGACUUCAGGUAACUGGAGAUAUACAUAAAUGAGAAGUUGUAGAUCGUCUCAAUCACAGAAAGAACGCGGUCUUAGCAAGACAGUUGCCUGGAAAGCGACGCGGUUUAAUGGUCGCACACUACAGAAAAAUCAGAUGCGCCGUGCUGCAGAACUGUAAACGAGUGCCACGAACAGAUCGUGUAAGAUGUGAUGUGGGCUUCUGCACAGACUGCUCUACACAGGCAGCAAAUUGCCGAAGUAUAACAAAUCAACACAAGGCACUGUACAUCCACUGCAUCCUCACCAUUAUGAGGUGCGGGAGUCGAACAACAAGUCCGACAGCUGUAAAGCAACUACCAAUACUGCUACAUCGUUCUUGACAAUGAGGUUUAACAAGCAAGAACUAACUACUCUAGCCACACAGCCAUCUCAGAAAUUUGAUAAAGAGGGUGUCCUGUUUCUUCGAGAAAGACAGGAGGGUUUCUUCAGGCGCACUGAGAGGAAAGACAUCAAAAGAGGGAAAAGGUCAAAGAGUCUUCGGGAACUGAGCUGCUAUAGCGGAACAAGCAAAGUCAGUCUCGAGCGAUGGUGUCGGUUGAGAGGGAACUUGCUCUUCUACUUCAAGUCUCGAGAGCAAUGGUCAGAGCCCCUAGGCGUUAUCAUUCUGGAACAGUGUUCCAUCAAAGUUGACACGCCCACUGCAGAGGGUCCAUAUGGCUUUCAUCUAGUGUUUGAUGGAGGACUCAGUCAGCAUCUUGCAGCAUAUUCAGAAGGGGAGAGGGAUGCAUGGCUGCAAGCCAUCCAGCUGGCAAGCUACGACUGCAUGCGUUCCCAGCUGCUGGCAUUGCAGCAGAGGAUGGAGCUGUGUCGGGGACAAGAUCCAGAUUUGGAUGUCCACAUGUUGAGGAUACGAAGGGGCAACACUGUUGAUCCAUCUGAACUUCCCCUCUGUGAAAUUUCGUUGGCGUGUGACAACCUCCUGUGUGAUGGACAUGGUCGUCCACCCAACCCUGUGUUGGUUGUUCAUGUGUACAUUCCUACAGACGCAGUUUGGGUCAAGUAUGCCAAAACUGAGGUGAUCGAGAGGAGCAGUAACCCAGGCUUUCUCAACACGGUAACGUUCCGAGCCAGUGAUGGUCUGAGCAGUGAUACACGCGUUCGACUUACAGCGUAUGAUAUGCGUGAACACGUAUCUCAAACAGCAACGCCUAUUGGAUCGUCUGUGGUAACAUUAGGUGCAGUCCAGGAAACAGACAGACUCCGCAUCCCAUUGCUCUCUCCUGCUGGUACCACAGUUGGUUUUCUCACCCUCACAGUGUGGAACUUGGAACCUGAAGACAAGGGUGGUAGCACUGAGUCUACUCCAUGCAGAAGUGUACCUGAACACGAUAUAGCUGUAGUGUAUUCCCAUCGGAGGUCACAGUCUCUGCCUCCUCGACUUGGCACCAAGCUGAAACUUCCACACCAGGGCCAACUUUGUGUCCUGUUCGCCAACCCACAUGUGCACACAUACCGUUUUCACUCUGGUCUUGGUGGUGAUAUUUAUGUUCAUGAGGUUAUGGCAGAAAGUAAGCUGUGUUUCCUGUUUCCACAGCAGUUGCUAGCUCUGUGGAUCCAGGAAGAAAAGGAACUUCUUCAGGAAGUGGCAGGAAUGGGUGAGCUACAUGAACCUUGGCACACACGUCAGGUAGAACUGCUAGACCGACAUCUCCAUCUUUUGCACCUCUACUCACAAGCAAAAGAAAAUCUUGAGGCACACAAAGGAAGUUUUUUUAAACCAAGUUCCCGUAAAAAUGAUCGAAUGCUAGAAUUUGCUCCCGUAAAUCUGCAUCUGCAACGGAUGUGGGUUCAAAAUGACACACUAAGAAAAUGUGGCUUUUAUGAUAUCAUCACCGUGGGAGCCUUCACUGCCCACUCACAUAAGUCAAAGAAUGGGGGCCUUAUAAAACUGCUGCAGCAGCUAAAAGAAUCACCUUCAAGAACAAAUCCAACUCUGCAAGGACCAAGCAAAAUAUUAAUAGCGCACGAUGCCAUACAAGCUAUUAAACAGCUGCGUCAGGAAGUGGUAGAUGGAAUGAGGGCCCUUAUGAAGUUGGCUAAAGAGAAGCAGACUGCUGGAAUGCUCCCUAUUUGUGAGGAUAUGAUAUCCAAGACACGGAUUCUUCUAAGCCUGUGGGACCCAGGGCUUGUUGAAGAAGCUCUGUCCUUUGUAGAGGAACACAAAGUUUCGCAACCUAUACCUGAAGACCCUGUUGAUGGAGAGGAUGGCCCACGCAGUUUGGAAUUUCGACAUCCGCAAGUACUUUCUCCAUACCGGCGCAUCACUCAGCAACUUAAUUUUGAUAUGAAGUCACCUGAUAUAGAUGACCUUGUCACCCCAGACAGUCCGCACUGUACCCGAGUUUUCUGGAGCCUUCCACCCAACGGAACAGCUCACAAGGUGGCAGAUGCAGACACUGCUUCCAUUACAGCAUUGAAAAGUUAUGGGUCCAGAUCAAAAGAUUCCCUUUCAGGGAGUGAGACACAAUUUGAAAUUUUUCCAGAUUCUGAAGAAGGAUCAAAAGAUGGUUCAGACCAAAAUGCAAGGGAUGAAAAUGAAGCGGAGGAGCUGAUGAAUAAUCAGGCCAAUCAGGACAGAUUAGGAAAUUGCAAUGACGUGUCAGAUGUAGAAGAUAGAUCAAUAGGAAUGUCCAAUGGUUUUGACUGUGACCUAGGUCGAAGAUUUUUGGAUACACAGGCCAUGUGUAGUUCUCCAUCUGCUAACUACUACAAGCCCACGGAUGAACCCGAACCAUGGGAUCUCACACAGCUGAACAUUGAAGCUAGUGUCAUGUGUCUUGUUAGCAAGGUCAAGUUUCUUUGUGGACGUUGCGGUAGCCCUGCCGUGCGGCUGAGGUCCUCUCAGCGUGGGAUGGGAAGAUCACGUAGCUUUCGUGGUGGUCUCUCGACUCAGGCUACUGCAGAUGAGGGCAGUGGCAAAGAUUCUGUGGUGACAGUUCAGCCAACAAGUACCAAUGGUGGAAGUAAUAUUUCAAGCACAGGUGACAUUAUAGAAAAAAAUGCAAAAGAGAAGAUUGAGGACAAAUCUCAAAGGCUGGAAUCAAUUGGACUGUCAACUAGUAUGAGUAGUGAUGACGUGAUAAACAAGGCAGUGGACACGGUGCAGAAGGCUGUAAAUGGUGCUGUAGGGAGGAACUGUUCUACUGUACGCAACAAAUUUACCGAAGGCUUAGACUUUGCUUCUAUCGUGGAUUGGACAUGUGAGUUGCGUCCCAGCAUGAGGAAACUUCGACAAGCCAUGGAUGGUCUGUUGAAGACCGCGAGACUCACACACAGUGUGUUUCGAGUACAGGAGGAUGUGCGAGGUGCACAGAGAGCUUGCAACGUGCGUUACCGUCGAGAUGUCUGCUUUUCACAGGCUCUGACGUCUCUUGUAGUGGGGCUGAUGGCCAAGCUGUGGUGCCAGAAGCCAGACCCCACAUUCCUCAUGGUGCUUACAACGCUCGGACCUCUCAUCUCGUUUGAGGGGCUACUGAGCUACUGUGGUGAUGAGAUUGAUAUGUGGGGGGACAUGGCUGUUGCUGUUGAGGACCUCCUGACAGUGACCUUCACCCUCACUAGGUGCACAAACAGCAGCUCCAAAUCCUGUUUACCAUCUUCACCACAGCAGCAUCCAGUUCCACGUGUCGUUGGUUCCCGUUCAGCUCUCACUGUUGUUCUUCCCGUGCCGGACUCCGUGCAUUCUAUGCUACCUCUCUCACAGUCAUCGAGGUCUUUCACUGUAACUCCUGUUUUUUUCAAUGUUGGCAUCAAUGAGAUGGCAACAUUGGCAGAGAGUCUGGGUAACACCAGACCUCAGGACAAGAGCAAUCUUGACAAUUAUGAGAGGGUAAAUGAGUACUACCACCGCUUCCGAAAGCUUCAUCUUCCAGCGGAUCUCCCAGGACAGAGAGGGCCUACGUGUGCCCCUCUACAGCCAUCUCUGUUAGAGCUAGUGGAGAGCCUGAAGGUGGCCGUGCAUACUAAACAGAGUAAGAACGUGGAUGUACUGCACCUCUCAUCACGGAUCUGCCGCAGAAUGAAAGGUCUUCGGUUUACAAGCUGCAAAAGUGCCAAAGACAGAACUGGGAUGUCUGUGACUUUGGAGCAGUGUCAUGUCUUGGUAGCAGAGUACGGCCUGUCAGAACACGAGAUUCAGCGACCUCUUGACUGCAUGAGAAGCGAGGGGUGCCGUAGGGAGAACACUUAUAAGAACACUGGUGUCCGCAAAUAUGCAUUCAAUAGUCUUCAGCUACUUACGUUACCAAAGCCAUAUCGCCCACCAGCAGGGACGUACGGCUCAGCCCAGACAUGAAACCAUCAAUGCAAAUAUUAUCAGUCAUAUUUCAUUCUUGGGUUUGAGUUGUUAUAGUAAUGGCCUACUAGAUUGUAGAGUGUGAGGCUGUAUGGUGUUCAUCCACAUAUCUACAGUGCAAGUUUUAUUUAUCUGAUCAUUAUACAAACAAAUUUCUGUGUGGUGAUAGAAGGGGUUUGAAAAAUUCAUUCUUGUACAUGUUGGUCUCCUGGUUAGUAAUACUGUGUUGACUUUUAGGUAGAUACUAAUUUUUUGGUGGAACAUACUUCCCCAAUUUUUAUCCCUCAUCAUGAAGUAUAGAGGAAAUUCAUCUCAUGGGUUCUCCCAUGUUGGGAAAGUUAGAUUGUUUUUUAUAUCUAACUUUGAUUGAUUUUCAUUCAGAUUUAUAAAAGAUUAAAUAAGAACUGUAUUUUAAAAUAGAUUUUAAAUGUUCUUUUGAAAUAUAGACCAGUAGCUUAGAAGUAUAUUUUAAAGAGUACUAUCUUAGACUCAAACUCUGACCACAAUUCAUGAUGUUAAAUUUUCUUAGUCACUAAACAUCUGAUAUAUGCAGAUACAAAUAAAAGAUGCUGUCUGUCAGUCUACAGUUGCUUGUACUGGGGACCUACGCUAAAAAAAUUGGGUGUUUUUGGCCUGUAUCAUUUUCCUAUGAUCAGUAGGCACAUUUUUGUCAUGAAACAUGUGAAAAGAAUCUGACAACUUAAAGUUUAAAUGUGAUUGGUCUGGUUUCUGGGUUAUUAGAUUGAUACAUCAGUAACAAUUACCAUUUGACAUACCGUGAAUCAUUGUAAUAAUAUAUAAUGGUCAUAUGAGUAAAACCAUGCACAGUAGACGGUCAUGCUCAAUUGUAAUGUAUUUCCUAGAUUGUGGAUUAAUAUAGAGGGGGAUUCCAAGGAAAGGUUGCACAAACUAACAAGAACAAAAGAAACUGUUUCUGUGUAUUUGUCUAUAUGUUCUUUGUUUAUAAAACCAGUAAUUGUUAGUAGUGUACAUUUUGUUUGCUAUUAUAAUAUUUUCUGUUGCUUUUAACAUUUUUUGCCUUGAAAGUACUGCAUCUGGAAGGUUCAGUUAUAAUAUGGCAUAUUUAUUUAUCAUAUUGGCCCAAUUAUAGGGCAGUCUUGAAUAUGUGGUGACCAUGCUCCGUCUUCGGAAACGUGGCCGAAGAGCAGUGUCAUAAUAUUUUAAUAAGGGGCAAUUAUAAGGUGACAAUUAAUUUUACAACCUUAUAAAUAAAAUGCAUUGCAUGUAUAAUUGGGCCAUUUUGGUAAUUUUGUAACAAAUUUACAAACUGACUACAAUUUAAGUAGUUAACAUUGUCACGAAAUAGAGACUUAAAGUACGUAAUAUUGAAAAGCAAAAAUUGUGUUUUGUAUAUAAUACACAUAUGUAAAUAACCAAAACUUUAUGUUAGAGUAAUAUAUAUAUAUAUUACUGUACUUAAUAAUAAUUUACCUUCUAAAUGUACAUAUGAAACUGCAGAGACUUAAACAGCACAAAGCUUUAUAUAUGUAAUGUUUGUUUUAAUAUACAGGAUGUUUCAAAUUUAUUGACAACAGAGAACAUUGCUGAAUGGAUUGAGGCAGACCACAAAAUUGAAAUAUGGUGUGGUUCAAAGCCAGCACAUGGUAUUUAACCCAUUUAGUGCCAGGAUAUAUUAUAGUGGCAUUAGAAAGUUGGUUAAUGUGCCAUCAUCAUUUUGAUUAUUCUGAUAUAUGUCAUUUUGGAUUGUGGCUACUUUCUGGAGAUAGAGGCAAGAAAUGAUACCAGCAGUGGUUUGAAGUAUCGAUUUUCAUACCUGAAAUGUACGUUAAAGCAUGCUCAUUCAGAGAGAUAUUCCUGCCAUAUUUUGCAUAUGUGAAUCCUUCGAAGACUUAAAUUGAGACUUUAGUUCCUAAUGCACAUGGUUUCAGUAGCGAUGGUUCAAGUGACUCUGUUUCUGUCUUUUCUGAAAAUGUUCUGAUUUGACCCAGUCUGUUCAGGACACAUUGCAGUUGUAAUAUAUGCAAUUAGUGAAAUGUAACUAGUAAUACUUGGGCCUGUAUUACUUUUAUGUUUUUUGAGAGGUGGGGUUAUCUGUUCAGAACAAGGGACUGUGUUACUCAUACUUUCAUCUCUCGUUGUUUAACCUGAAAUGUUUAAUGUUUGGGAGGUAAUCACUGCAGACAAUCUUUCUGGAAGUGUGCAUCAUCUUCAAGAUUAGUCAUUAAGCUACCAGCAGUAUUUUUAAGUGGGUGUUGGCUUUUUUAUGCAAACAGAGCCAUAGCAAUUCCUUUUGGUGAAAUGACUGCUUCUAUACAUGACUCCACAAGGUUCAGUUGGUGAUAGGAGCAUUAUUAGUUUUUCACUUUAUCAUACACAGUUUGGUAAAUUUUAUCUUAUUGUUUUAAUUUCAGAUUUGGGCAACAUCAUUUUUUAUUCUGUGUGAUUGAUCAUUACUUAACACUAUGAAGCUGUAGCUCGUCUAUUCAGUCGUACUGCAAACAAAACAACACUUCUCCAUUACAAAGAUCAGUUGGUUAAUGCUGUUGAGGAAAUAAUCCCUGUUUAUUAUGAGAAUCACAUAAACCCCAUGUAACCAUGAUGCCUGUUCAAACUCUGCCUCCUCUUCUGAUUCUCCUCCUUCCUGUUAAUUGUCUUAUUUUCUUGGAUUUGGGCCUACUGGCUUGUUCUGAUACAGAAUAAUCUGAAUCUAAAUAAGUGGUAGUAGGACUCAACGGAUGGUAGAUCAUCAGCUUAUCAUGUGGCAUGUCAUUUGUCAUUAUGAUAAUGCAUAACACUGCAGGAAAAUAUCCAUGGUCUGACAGGAUUGGAAUCCGUUAUGUCCAUUACCUUAUUUUUCACAUAAAUUAUUUAUAGGAAGCAAGAGUUCUAGAGUGAGGAUAGAUGCAUGGCUUGACAUUGAAAUUUAUUAAGACUGUUGGUUACAGUUUACAUUGUUCACAUAACUUCCUGAUGCAUAACAUGCAUAAUGAGCUCAUAAUUUUGUAUGCUAUAAUCUGCCAGAUGCAGUUUAAUUGCUGAUACAGUCACCCCACCUCAAAACAACUUCAGACUGUAAAGUUUAAUCAUACUUUUUGUGACAUGUAGCAAAGCUACUUAAUAAUUAUGACAUGGAGGUUUAAAUUAUGUUGCCAAAGAAUCUGUGUGGCUCUCCACAGCUACUGAUGUGUUUUUUUCUGUGUAUCUUUAUCUUGUAAUGUUAUUUCUUUGAACUGAACCAGUACUUCACAAGACUAGGAGCUUCUUGACAGCAGGUAGUGACCUAGUGAAUUUUUAAGUUCUGAUUGUGCAAAAUAUUCAACACUGUGGCACAUGCAAGAGAUACCUGACACAAAUCCCUGUAGAAGAUAACUAACCUGAGGUAUUAUAAUUUUCUGUAACUCCUAUAGGUGAAUUUCAGGGUAGUGCCAUAAAAUAAACAUUAACCACUUUGUCCUAUGUACCACUUGAUUUAUCACUUACAAUUAUUCUGGCAUUCCUCAAUCAGCACUACAUAAGUUAUGCAGUCAGUACAUCUUUAUGAAAUAACAGCCAACAAAUCUUAACCCAAAAUAUUUAAUGAAAAUUAUAUAAAAAAAUUAAUGUAUCUUGGUGUUAUAAGGAUACAAAAUCUGCUCGCUGUCUCUUGUAAUAGGUGUUCGUAGAGUGGUAUAAUGAUAUGUGCCACUUUCUUGCAGUAUUACAAUACCUGAUUCAAGUAGUGUUGUUGAACAUAGGACACUUUCUGAAAUUACAGCCUUAAAAAUUCACAAGACUCUAAAUGAGAUGGCUUUGAAGGUCACAAUGUCGGUAUAAGACAACAUAGUUUGAUAUUUAAUUCCCAGUUUUUAUAAGCACAAGGCAGUUGUAUGUUUGGUAAUGUUAGUGUAAGUCAACACUAUUUAAGGAUGCAGUAAGUUUUGAGGUUAUGUUACUUUGGUAAUUGGGUCAUUUGCUUUGGGUGAGUGGAAUUCAUUGUAUCUGAUGUAGUUUGUGAAAUGAGAUGAGAAAUGGGAAAAUGAUUAGAGGUGGUAGUUUUAUUGAUAACUCUGUUAAGGAUAAUAUGAAAAAGUUUGUCCAUUGAAUGAACUUCCCUAUAGAAGCAGGAGACCAAAGAAAGAAGUAAUGUUCUCUCAUUUUAGUUGUUGACCCUUGUGUGAUUUGUAUUGUAUUACUUUGCAAUCAAUGUCUUGUCAUGUAAUAGGUCCAGCAGUUAGACAUUACUUGAUCACUGUGACAGUCUUAGUUCAAUUACAAAGUUGUGCUCAUAAGGUUUGUGAUAUAACAAAAUUGAAUGAAGGCAGGUUUUUCUGCUAAUAUUUAUAUUCCUCAGCCAAUUAUCAUUGCAUUCAUGCUUUGUACACAUUAGUCAGUGGUCAUUAAUUGGGAAUCACAGGGCAGCAGGACUUUCUUUCAGUUCAUGGUGGGUUUAUGUUACUUUCUGUGAUUAGAAAUUUUGGAUAAAGUUCUGUAUUACUAUUCAAGAAAAAUCUGAGGUGGUAUAUUCAAACUUACCUUGACGACAAUAGUCAUGUCACAAGAAGUGGAACAAUGUGAAGCUAUCCAGUGUCUUAUGCUUCUGUUUGAAUUGUAAAUGCAUCUUUCAGGAUGGCUCCCACAGAAGAUUAUUCUAAUGGUGCUAGUAUAUUCUAUUGCUGCUGUAAUUUAUUGUACUUGUUUAGUACUGUACUUAACAUUUCGUCAUUAGUGGUGUUUUUGUUUAUGAAUGUUGAAUUAAGAAACUCAGAUUCAUAGUCUGUGUUUAUGUCAGGGUCAGAUGUGAAGAAAUAUUUGAAGGAUGCAUAUUAAUGUGUUAUAAUUAAAAUAUGAUAGGUGCAUUACUGAAAAGAUUACAAACACUUCACUAUAAAAUUGUUAAUCAACAUUUUCACAGCACUGAGCAUAGCGUAGCAGAGAUAAGAAUGAAAAUAACUGUAGGGUGUAUAUUGUGAUAUAGUUUUCCUGUUUUAAUAUGGGCUAUCCCAAAGUGGAAAAUGUUGAGUCACCCGCAGGGUAUCCCCAGGAAAAUACUUAGACAUCCAGAAUAAAAAGUCUGCAUUUUUGGGGCCUUGGUUCAUUUCAUACUUCUUUGUUGUACUUGUGUGGAAACGCUGAAUUAAGACACUUUCUUCAUGUUCAUCCCAUCAUUCAAACACUUGAUAUAAUAUUAUUACACUAUUAGAAAACUUUGAAAGUAAUAAAUAUUUUAGGAAGAUAUAUACGAUGUCUUACACUGGGCCUCUGUCCUUUGCACACGUUUCUCCGUUACAGAUAUACAUAUAGGAAUUAUAAUUAACCUGCCUGUAUUAUUAAAUUACAGAUUGGUUUGAAGUGGGGUUUAAGCUGGAAAAACCAAGACUUAUAAAUUUAUUCUCAUCAAAGCUUUAUAAAACGUGAUAAAUUGUCAUUGUCGUUGUGACAUUAUCAGGACCUCAGCCCUUCAUCGAGGCUUCACCUCUGACUUGAUGUAUGGAUGUGUAGAUUAUUCUAGUCCAUGGUGGGAUAAUGCCAGCUGAUUGUGUAAAAUCUUCGUAUUUAUCUUGUAAGAAUCUCCAUCUCUGCUCCAUUUAUAAAUAUUGAUUUGAAGUAUUCUUGUAAAGUUACACUUUGAUGUUCUAUUGGUCAGUGAAAUUUCAGGUUCUUACGAUGCAAGAUGGCUGUCUUCUGCGAUGUUACACCAUGUAGUCUGGUAGAAGUUUACUGACAUUCACACUGCCUCCAUUGUCAGGGCCUGAUAGAGGCAGGAAACACCUUUGAAAUGUCAGUAAACUUCUACCAGACCAGAAACAGGAGAAAUAUAGAUUCAUACUAAGGAGAGGAAAAAUAAAUGAUAGUAUGUAUUAUCACCAUUGUACAAAUGAAGGCUUUUAUCCAUAUGCAAUGUGUGUAACCAUGCCAAUCUCACACACACUGCACAUAUCAGGGUUGUCAACAUUCCUGGUUACUUCUUGCACAUAAUUAUUUUUAAAAUAUAUUGGUAUAACUAUAUUUAUAACAGUGUUUGGAGAUUCUUUACAUUAACAAGAUUAUAACGACUGAUACUUAAAUCAACCCGGUUCUGAGAUGUUAAUUAAUUAAAAGAACCUGUGUAUGAUAAUAUUCAAAUGAGAAAAAGCUCUAUAAAUUUGUUUGCAAGUA